UACAACAAGGAAUAUUUAGGCCGAGGUAUCAACUACGCCAACAUGUUCAUCAAUGAGAAGGCCCCACACACCACAGUCUCUGACGGUCUGAUCAUCAUGUGCCUGAACACGGCGGUCAACUUCCUCCUCAUGUGGUACAUCCGCAACGUCUUCCCCGACCACCACGGCAACCCACAGCCCUACUACUUCUGUUUCACGCGGUCCUACUGGAGACUGGAGGGUUGCCCAGAAAUCCCCGCCCUACCCCAGUCGGAAGAACACCUGUUUGAGAGUGUACCCCGUCGGCUGACACCAGUCAUUAGCUCCAGGGGUUUGAUGAAGCUGGUCAACGACGAGCCAGUGGUGGCCGGGGUCAGCAUCAACCUGUACAGGAGCGAGGUGACCGUCAUCGUGGGGAACAAGUACUCCGGCAAGACGACCUUGAUCAACCUGCUGGCUGGCAUCAUACCAGCGUCAUCAGGAGUCGUGACUAUUAACGGACACAAUGUGGCUAAAGAGCGCCGAAGACUGAACCACAUAACUGGCUACUGCACACAACAUGACGUCUUGUUUAGGAAACUCACAUGCCUUGAGCACCUGACUUUCUACCUCAAGCUGAAGGGCCACUACUCAGCCCACUACGAGAACUGGAACUCGGAGUUACUCCGUUGUAUCGGGCUGGGGGAACAGAGCGACAACUAUCCCUGGAUGCUCAAUGUCGGUGAGAGACGCAAGCUGACCAUCGCAUGCUCGUUUGUUGGGGAGAAUCAGGCUGUAUCCUCAGAUAAUUUGAAAGAUCAGGCUGUAUCCACAGAUAGUUUGAAAGAUCAGGCUGUAUCCUCAGAUAAUUUGAAAGAUCAGGCUGUAUCCUCAGAUAAUUUGAAAGAUCAGGCUGUAUCCUCAGAUAAUUUGAAAGAUCAGGCUGUAUCCUCAGAUAAUUUGAAAGAUCAGGCUGUAUCCUCAGAUAAUUUGAAAGGUCAGGCUGUAUCCUCAGAUAAUUUGAAAGAUCAGGCUGUAUCCUCAGAUAAUUUAAAAGAUCAGGCUGUAUCCUCAGAUAAUUUGAAAGAUCAGGCUGUAUCCUCAGAUAAUUUGAAAGAUCAGGCUGUAUCCUCAGAUAAUUUGAAAGAUCAGGCUGUAUCCUCAGAUAAUUUGAAAGAUCAGGCUGUAUCCUCAGAUAAUUUGAAAGAUCAGGCUGUAUCCUCAGAUAAUUUGAAAGAUCAGGCUGUAUCCUCAGAUAAUUUGAAAGAUCAGGCUGUAUCCUCAGAUAAUUUGAAAGAUCAGGCUGUAUCCUCAGAUAAUUUAAAAGAUCAGGCUGUAUCCUUAGAUAAUUUGAAAGAUCAGGCUGUAUCCUCAGAUAAUUUAAAAGAUCAGGCUGUAUCCUCAGAUAAUUUGAAAGAUCAGGCUGUAUCCUCAGAUAAUUUGAAAGAUCAGGCUGUAUCCUCAGAUAAUUUGAAAGAUCAGGCUGUAUCCUCAGAUAAUUUGAAAGAUCAGGCUGUAUCCUCAGAUAAUUUGAAAGAUCAGGCUGUAUCCUCAGAUAAUUUGAAAGAUCAGGCUGUAUCCUCAGAUAAUUUGAAAGAUCAGGCUGUAUCCUCAGAUAAUUUAAAAGAUCAGGCUGUAUCCUUAGAUAAUUUGAAAGAUCAGGCUGUAUCCUCAGAUAAUUUGAAAGAUCAGGCUGUAUCCUCAGAUAAUUUGAAAGAUCAGGCUGUAUCCUCAGAUAAUUUGAAAGAUCAGGCUGUAUCCUCAGAUAAUUUGAAGAUCAGGCUGUAUCCUCAGAUAAUCUUCCUGGACGAGCCAACCUACGGCCUGAAUGCCAAAGCAAAGAAAGACGUGUGUCACUUCCUCCAGAACAUGAAACAGGGCCGCACCAUCCUCAUGUCCACCCACAGCAUGGACGAGGCCGAGACACUGGCCGACAGGAUAGCCAUCAUAGAGGAGGGAGGCGUAAAAUGUUACGGGUCACCGGCAUUCUUAAAGCGGAUUUUCGGUGUGGGCUACCAUCUGAAGGUGACCAGAGAACCCGGAUGUUCCAUCAAGAACUUGUUGAAGACAGUCCAGACAAUCUUCCCAGAAGCCACUUUCAGUGGCUCCAACUCAACGGAAGUGACCAUCUCGCUUCCAGAGGGUUUAGACUUCUUCAUUCCCAACUUUCUGGAGCAGCUGGACAAGCGAACAGACGACUUGAAAAUCUCGAACAUUCGGCUCUCUGCGUUCUCGUUAUAUGAUGUCUUUCAUGGACUAGGGGAAGGCUUCGAGCUGAGGGAGAACAUCGAUUCAGCUCACUCCAGCAUAUGUGAAACUAUGGAAGAGCAAAACGAGUUUGAUAAGGACGGUUUCUUAUCAGAACGUCUCUUCAAGAGGAUGGGAAACUACGAGCAGUACACCGGCUCCCGGCUCAUCUUACAGCAGCUCAAAGCCAUCUUCUUCAAGAAGUGGAUCCUCUUCACCCGCCCCCUCAUCACCGCCCUCGCUAUCCUGUUCCUCCCCGCGGGGGUGGUGCUGUUCGGCAUAGGACUAGACCAGGACACCAUGUCAGCCUCUGACGUCAAGCCGCUCGAGUUCAGCCUCAGGGGCCUGGAGGAUACCCUCAUCCCCAUAUGGAAGAACGACAGCACGGCCAAAGCGAAACUAGACUCAUACGAGAAACAGUUCCAGUCGGUAGGGAGUCACGUCAUGUCUCCAAGUCAGAAAGAUCCGAACGAAUUCUUCAUUUACUGGGCCAACAAAUACGACGACGAACGUUACAAUAAGAAAUUUAUUUUCGGCGUUGAGCUGACCAUCCCGGAUACCACAAUCAUAUUUUACCAACACUGGAUGACCCAGGCACAAGGUGUCGCGGUUCAGAUAAUGAUCAACUCAGAGAUCGUGACCGCCCUGGGAGAGAACUACAGCGUGCAGACGGGCGUGGAGUACGUCCAGAGCUUUGAGGAGCAGCUGUACCUCAAGAUGCAGGUCAAGACGAUCGCAUGCAUCGCUAUAGUCAUGUGCCUGGUGCCCUUGUUACUGGUCACAGAGGUCAUCUUCGAGAGAACGAACGGCGCUAGACACCUCCAGUCUGUGAGUGGCGUCAACACCUGUGUCUUCUGGCUGGGCACCUACAUCUUCGACCUGCUCGUCUACCUGUUCGUGGCCGCGACCAUCGUCCUGGCCCUCAUGUACAGCCCCGAGUACUACAUCCGGUGCGGCCACUGGAACGCCACGAUCACCUUGUUGCUCGUGUUCGGCCUGACCGUCUUCCCGUACCUCUACGCCUUCCAGAGCGUCUUCUACACAGCCAUCACCGGCAGCAUAACCAUGCUCAUCUACAACACCUUCAUGGGCCUAUUGAUGAGCAUGGUGAUUGCACUGACCAAGAUCUACGCCCAGUCCAUGAAGGAUUACCUCGGCCUUAUUGACAACCUCCUGGGUGCCGUGUCCCCCAAUUACCUGCUGUCCUACUCACUGCUCACACUCGUCUCUAGGACCGUCAAGUCUACAGUCAACGGCACGUGUGUCUCCCACUCCUGGCCAAACGAGACACGACUGAUACUAAACAUGGAAAUGUUCGUCGUCCAGUUCAUCAUCUCCUGGCUGAUGAUCGCGUGUGUGGAGUACGAGAUCUACAGCAAAUACAUUUUACCCAUGUACCAGUUGGUGUGCUGCUCCAAGGAUAAAAACAUGGCUGACAAAGUUAACAUAUUUUCUCACCAGCAAAUACAUUUUACCCAUGUACCAGUUGGCGUGAAGCUCCAAGGAUAA